UGGCCUGAAGAUGGCGGCGCUGAGACGGCGGCGGCGGCCGUGAGGGGGAGGAGCGGCAGCGGAGAGAGGGAGCGGGACAGGGACAGGUUAGAGGAACAGGGAGCGGGACAGGGAACAGGGAGAGCAACAGGAACAGGGAGAGCGACAGGAACAGGGACAGGGGAGAGCAGGAGGGAGCGGGGAGAGGAGCAGUGUGUCCCGGCCGGCGGCGCCAUGCUGCUGUCGCUCGUGGUACACACGCACUCGCUGCGCUACUGGCUGCCCGCCGCCCUCAUGCUGGGCACGGCGCCCGCCUACCUGUUGGGCUGGGCGGCGUGGCGGCUGCUGGCGCUGCUGCUGCCCCGGCGCCUCUACCACCCCGUGGACGACUGCCUCUACACCGUCUACCAGAGUGUCGUGCUCUUCUUCUUCGAGAACUACACCGGCGUGCAGGUGGUUAUAUAUGGAACCCUGCCAAGCAAAAAGGAGAAUGUGAUUUAUUUGUCUAACCAUCAAUGCACAGUUGACUGGAUCAUUGCUGACAUGCUAGCCAUCCGACAAAGAGCACUUGGUCAUGUGCGGUAUGUCCUAAAGGAUGGACUGAAGUGGCUUCCGUUGUAUGGAUGGUACUUUUCCCAGCAUGGAGGAAUAUAUGUUAAGCGAAGUGCCAAAUUUAGUGAAAAGGCAAUGACUAAUAAACUACAGCAACAGAUAAAAUCAGGAGCCCCAAUUUACCUUGUGAUUUUCCCAGAAGGAACACGUUAUAAUCCAGAUUACCCUCAAGUGAUUGCAGCAAGUCAAGCGUACGCUCGUAAAGAAGGACUACCAGAGUUAAGACAUGUAAUGUCUCCGCGUGUGAAGGCAAUGCGAAUAGCCAUUAACACCUUGAGAUGCCACCUAGAUGCAGUGUAUGAUAUCACUGUAGUAUAUGAAGGAGCUGUCAAAAAUAAUGGGCAACGGGAAACAGCGCCAUCCAUGCCUGAAUUUUUGUGCAGAGAGUGCCCAAAGAUACACAUUUACUUUGAUCGUGUAAAUGUGAAAGAAAUUCCAGAGGAAACUAUUUUCAUGAAGAGAUGGUUACAUGAACGUUUCGAAAUUAAAGACAAGUCAGUAGUGAUUGCUUACAGAUUUCUACGAGGCAGAUGAUGAACAGAAGCGACACAAAUUUCCCGGAGAAGGACGCCACUCACAGUUGAGCCUUAUGAGGACUCUACCAUCCCUGCUCUUUCUUUGUUGUCUGACAGUUCCCAUGCUCGCGACAGAAACUGGAAGGAAGAUUUAUAUGAAGACUUGGCUUUACGGGACUUUAAUCGGCUGGUUAUGGGUGAACAUUAGUCCUUAAAACUCCAACCCUCGAAGUUUGAAUUAUAUAGAAUAAUCUGAACAUAAUUGCUUGUAUAGCAUUUUUUGGAAGUUACCUUUAAACUGGAAUUUCUAAAUUGCUCUUGAAGAAAUUUUAUAUUCUAAUGAAAAACAUUUGCCUUAAUGACCGAGAUGAACAUAUUACAGUAAUCCACCUGUUUAGUAUGGCUGUAAUAUAGUGGUAAUAAUUUACCUGCUCAAUGUAAUUGUAGAGCCCUGAUGUCUUUCUGUGCAUUUUGAAGAAGAAAAUGUCAUUUGUUUGGAGGAUUUGUAUGGUGUGCGAUUGGAACAUGAUGGGGAAGGUGCUUGAUUUGAUGUUACAAGUAGCUACAGGUGUAUUGUGUCGAGGGACAAAACUUACUGACUUAUUGUAUUUGUUUGCAUCAAGUCUUCUAUUUAACACUGUACAUUAAGGAAAGGGUCUUUAAUUGUUUGUGUUUCAUUGCAUUUUGUUCUAAUUUAAGGGUGUCAUUACAACCACUUUGGUGCUUUGAAAUGAUAAAGGAGCUAGAUCUGAUUCAUGGUCAUUUACUCUCCCUCAAUAUUUUAUCUUUAAAUUGUUCUAUCAAGAGCAUUUCCACGACGAUAUAAUCACUUUGGAGCAUGGGUUACUUGUGGAGGGGAAAAAAACAAAUUAUUUUUAGGUGUGAUGGUGAAAGAUGGAUGAAAGGCUUAAUUUCAGUUACUACUUAGUUCUGUAAACCAAUGAAUUUUAAAGAUACAUGAUUACUGUGGCAUUUCAGGUUGUAUGUGUAUGUACUAAAUGUACAUAAACGGUCACGUUGUUGGACUGAAA